AAAUAAAAGGGAGAAAGGAAAAGGAUUGAGAGAAAGAAGAAUGAAUGACGGUAGAGGAGAAUAGAAAAGACCGCCAGGGUAAAGCAGCCCCCGGUCCGCGGGAAGGAGCAGCUCUGGCAUGUGGGGAUCUCCGGCACCAACAGAUAUUUUGAUGGCAUGACAAAUCAGAAAGAAGAGGAUGUACUGUAUGACUAGACACAAGAUCAGUUCUGUUUGUGGAUUACAUUUUCAGUAAGAUGUAUGGAUCUAUUUUUUCCUUGUUCUUAAAUAUAGAUCAUGAGACUUGACUGAGGCAAUAUACAUAUCAUCCAUCCAUCUAUGGCGAACUACAGCCAUGCAGCUGACAACAUUUUGCAAAAUCUGUCUCCUUUAACAGCUUUUCUGAAACUGACUUCACUGGGUUUCAUAAUAGGAGUCAGUGUGGUGGGUAACCUUCUGAUCUCCAUUUUGCUAGUCAAAGAUAAGACCUUGCAUAGAGCUCCUUACUACUUCCUGUUGGAUCUUUGCUGCUCAGAUAUCCUCAGAUCUGCAAUUUGUUUCCCUUUUGUUUUCACCUCGGUAAAAAAUGGCUCUACGUGGACUUAUGGGACUCUAACUUGCAAAGUGAUUGCCUUUUUGGGGGUUUUGUCCUGCUUUCACACCGCUUUCAUGUUAUUCUGCAUAAGCGUCACGAGAUACUUAGCUAUUGCCCACCACCGUUUUUAUACGAAGAGACUGACCUUCUGGACUUGUCUGGCUGUUAUCUGUAUGGUGUGGACUCUCUCUGUAGCCAUGGCUUUCCCCCCAGUUCUAGAUGUGGGCACCUACUCGUUCAUUAGGGAGGAAGACCAAUGCACUUUCCAGCAUCGUUCCUUCAGGGCUAAUGAUUCAUUGGGAUUUAUGCUUCUUCUUGCCCUUAUCCUCCUAGCCACACAGCUUGUCUACCUCAAGCUGAUAUUUUUUGUUCACGAUCGCAGGAAAAUGAAGCCAGUCCAGUUUGUUGCAGCAGUGAGCCAGAACUGGACUUUCCAUGGUCCCGGAGCGAGCGGUCAGGCGGCUGCGAAUUGGCUGGCUGGAUUCGGAAGGGGUCCCACGCCUCCAACCUUGCUGGGAAUCAGGCAGAACGCCAACACCACGGGCAGGAGGAGGCUGCUGGUUUUAGACGAAUUCAAAAUGGAGAAGAGAAUCAGCAGAAUGUUCUACAUCAUGACAUUCCUCUUUCUGACCUUGUGGGGUCCCUAUUUGGUAGCCUGCUACUGGAGAGUUUUUGCGAGAGGGCCUGUAGUACCUGGGGGAUUUCUAACGGCCGCUGUCUGGAUGAGUUUUGCCCAAGCUGGAAUCAAUCCUUUUGUCUGCAUUUUCUCCAACAGGGAGCUGAGGCGCUGUUUCAGCACAACCCUUCUUUACUGCAGAAAAUCCAGGUUACCAAGGGAACCUUACUGUGUUAUAUGAGGGAGCAUCUGUAAAUCUUUAGCCUUGUGAAACACUACCAUUCUCUGCUAAGCAAUUGUGGCCUGUAGCCAUGUCUUGAGGAGAAAAUCAAGAAUGGGACGUCAGCAGCUGUAAGGAUUUGGGCAACAUUCUGCAGUCUCUGCAAUAGCUCACCUCUAAUCCUGUUUUAAACCUAAACAUGUUCCUGCUGACCACUGCUGAAGGUUUGUAAUUAAGAACAAAGGACUGAACUACUGCCCUGAAUUCCUUUAUGUGGUUGAAAUCUAGAUUAUGAAAGUAGCAGGUGCUAAGUAUCAGUGCUAAAUGCUGUGUAUAUCACUACAUAAAAUAAGAACAUCAAAAAGAUUAGCAUUGGACAUCUUAAUAAAUUAAGUUGAUAUGAGGUUAAUGUGUUGAUAAAACUAAUUUUAGACAUCUGAAGACCUUUAAAACAUUUCAUACAAUUAUUAUUUUGCAAAGACUGAAAACUGGGGACUCAAGUACUGUAACUGAUUAAAGAUGUGCCAUGCAUUAUUGGAUUAUCACACUUACAAAUCUGUUUGCCUUGUGAGUAAGUUUUGGGGAGCAUUCCAAAGCAGUAUUUUUGUUCAGAUUUUGACUUUAAUUUUUUUUUCUCCAAAUAUAUUACUCUUUCUAAUUACCAUUUUCCUUAACAGUGAAAUUACUAACAUUUAACUGUAUUCUGUGUUUUUUGCUGAUUUGGUAUAAAGUUUAAUAGACUCUUAUUUAUAUUUUUUAAAAAGCUAGAUAUCAGUCUGUUAGGCAACGUUAAUGAUAAUAUCCAGUCAUAAGUGAACAGUUAUAAUUAUACAGAAUAAACACAUGUUGCCUUAAAGGGUUAUCUAGUAUCUUCCAUUUUGUUUAGCAUUGAAGCAAAUAAGCAAGGAAAAUUGAAUCAAUAACUCUGGCCAGUCAUUUGGGAGUGCAUGAAAGAUCACUUAGUCCUCUUUUUUCCUUUUUACUCCAAUGGUUCCCAAAAUCAAUAUGCACAUCACUGGGAUUAUAUGAUUUUUUUCUAGGUGUGCCGCCCUUUCUAGUUUGUUCUGAGAAACACAGGCAGUUGAUGUAUGUUUAUAUUUUAAGACAGCUGUCAUGGGGAGACCGCAGCCUUAGUAUGAUAUCUUGCACAAUUUGUGAAGCAUUUAUUCUACUGAAGGCACAGUCUUGUUUAUAUUUUCUGCACAUUUUGGUGUAUUGGUUGUUUUAAAUUAUUUAAGUUUUAACUUGUGAAAGCAUAUACUAUGAUUUCUUAGUAUUUUAGAAAUACAUUAGAGUCUGUGAGUCUUUCCUUCUUUAAGAUACAGAUGUGUGGAUUUCAAUAUAAAGUUGCAUUUGCCAAAAUUUA